AUGAGCCUGCGGCUCCUGGUGGCCACGCUCUGCGCAGGGAUCCUGGCGGGGGCGCCCCGAGUGCUGGCCCAGCACAGGGAGAGAGUGACCUGCACGCGCCUUUACGCGGCUGACAUCGUGUUCCUACUCGACGGCUCCUCAUCCAUUGGCCGCAGCAAUUUCCGAGAAGUCCGCGGCUUUCUGGAGGGGCUGGUGCAGCCUUUUGCUGCGGCAGCCAGUGCACAGGGGGUGCGCUUUGCCGCGGUACAGUACAGCGAUGACCCACGGACAGAGUUCGGCCUGGAUGCACUUGGCUCUGGGGGUGAUGUGAUUCGUGCCAUCCGUGAGCUCAGCUACAAGGGGGGCAACACUCGUACAGGGGCUGCAAUUCUCCAUGUGGCUGACCAUGUCUUCCUGCCUCAGCUGGCCCGACCUGAUGUCCCCAAGGUCUGCAUCCUGAUCACAGAUGGGAAGUCCCAGGACCUGGUGGACACAGCGGCCCAAAGGCUGAAGGCACAGGGCGUCAAGCUGUUUGCUGUGGGGAUCAAGAAUGCUGACCCUGAGGAGCUGAAGAGGAUUGCCUCGCAGCCAACCAGUGAUUUCUUCUUCUUCAUCAAUGACUUCAGCAUCUUGAGGACACUACUGCCCCUUGUUUCCCGGAGAGUGUGCACGACUGCUGGCGGCGUGCCUGUGACCCUGCCUCCUGAUGACUCAACUUCUGGUCCACGGGACCUGGUGCUGUCUGAGCCAGGCAGUCAAUCCUUGAGAGUACAGUGGACAGCGGCCAGUGGCCCUGUGACUGGCUACAAGGUCCAGUACACUCCUCUGACAGGGCUGGGACAGCCACUAUCGAGCGAGCGGCAGGAGGUGAACGUCCCAGCUGGUGAGACCAGCUUGCGGCUGCAGGGUCUCCGGCCACUGACCGAGUACCAAGUGACUGUGGUUGCCCUCUACGCCAACAGCAUCGGGGAGUCCGUGAGCGGGACAGCUCGGACCACUGCCCUGGAGGGGCUGGAGCUGACCAUCCAGAACACCACAGCCCACAGCCUCCUGGUGGCUUGGAGGAAUGUGCCAGGUGCCACUGGCUACCGUGUGAUGUGGCAGGUCCUUGGUGGUGGGGCCACACAACAGCAGGAGCUGGGCCCUGGGCAGGGAUCAGUGUUGCUGCGUGACCUGGAGCCUGGCACGGACUAUGAGGUGACCGUGAGCACCCUGUUUGGCCGUAGCGUGGGGCCUGCCACUUCCCUGACUGCCCGCACUGACACCUCCGUUGAACAGAUCCUGCGCCCAGUCAUCCUGGGCCCCACAUCCAUCCUCCUUUCCUGGAACUUAGUGCCUGAGGCCCGUGGCUACCGGUUGGAGUGGCGGCGUGAGAGUGGCUUGGAGCCACCACAGAAGGUGGUGCUGCCCUCUGCUGUGACCCACUACCAGUUGGAUGGGCUGCAGCCAGGCACUGAAUAUCGCCUCACGCUCUACACUCUGCUGGAGGGCCGUGAGGUGGCCACCCCUGCAACAGUGGUCCCCACUGGGCCAGAGCCACCCGUGGGCCCUGUGACAGACCUACAAGCAACCGAGCUGCCUGGGCAGCGGGUGCGAGUGUCCUGGAGCCCAGUCCCCAGUGCCACUGAGUACCGCAUCACUGUGCGCAGCACCCAGGGGGUUGAGCGGACCCUGGUGCUUCCCGGGAGUCAGACAGCCUUCGACUUGGAUGACGUUAGGGCUGGGCUUAGCUACACCGUGCGGGUGUCGGCUCGAGUGGGCCCCCGAGAGGGUGGUGCCAGCGUCCUCACUGUCCGCCUGGAGCUGGAAAUCCCACCUGCUGUGCCGGGGCUGCGGGUUGUGGUGUCAGAUGCAACACGAGUGAGGGUGGCCUGGGGACCUGUUCCUGGAGCCAGUGGAUUUCGGAUUAGCUGGAGGACAGGCAGUGGUCCAGAGUCCAGCCAGACAUUGCCCCCAGACUCUACUGCCACAGACAUCACGGGGCUGCAGCCUGGAACCUCCUACCAGGUGGCUGUGUCGGCACUGCGAGGGAGAGAGGAGGGCCCCCCAGUGGUCAUCGUGGCUCGAACUGACCCACUGGGCCCAGUGAGGACAGUCCGUGUGACUCAGGCCGGCAGCUCAUCUGUCACCAUUGCCUGGACCAGGGUUCCUGGAGCCACGGGAUACAGAGUUUCCUGGCACUCAGGCCAUGGCCCAGAGAAAUCCCAGUUGGUUUCUGGGGAGGCCACGGUGGCUGAGCUGGAUGGGCUGGAGCCAGAUACCGAGUAUACAGUGCAUGUGAGGGCCCAUGUGGCUGGUGCGGAUGGGGCCCCCGCCUCUGUGGUUGUGAGGACUGCCCCUGAGCCUGUGGGCAGUGUGUCGAGGCUACAGAUCCUCAAUGCUUCCAGCGACGUUCUGCGGGUCACCUGGGUAGGGGUCACUGGAGCCACAGCCUACAGACUGGCCUGGGGCCGGACUGAAGGUGGCCCCACGAGACAACAGCUGCUCCCGGGAAACACAGACUCCGCAGAGAUCCGAGGCCUCGAAGGCGGAGUCAGCUAUUCGGUGCGAGUGACUGCACUUGUUGGGGACCGCGAGGGCGCCCCUGUCUCCAUUGUCGUCACGACUCCGCCUGAGGCUCCGCCAGCCCUGGAGACCCUUCGUGUAGUGCAGCGUGGGGAGCACUCGCUGACGCUGCGCUGGGAGCCGGUGCCCGGAGCGCACGGCUUCCGUCUGCGUUGGCGACCUGAGGGUGGCCAGGAACAGUCCCUGGUCCUGGGACCGGAGCUCAGCAGCUACCACCUGGAUGGACUGGAGCCAGCGACACUGUACCGUGUGUGGCUCAGCGUCCUGGGGCCGGCUGGAGAAGGGUCCUCCAGAGAGGUGACUGCACACACUGAGUCGCCUCGUGUUGCGAGCACUGAACUACGUGUUGUGGACACCUCGAUCGACUCGGUGACUCUGGCCUGGACCCCAGUGUCUGGGGCAUCCAGCUACAUCCUGUCCUGGCGGCCACUCAGAGGCCCUAGCCAGGAAGUGCCUGGGGCCCCACAAACACUUCCAGGGAUCUUGAGCUCUCAGCGGGUGACAGGGCUAGAGCCUGGCGUCUCUUAUGUCUUCUCCCUGACACCUGUCCGGGGAGGCGUGCAGGGUCCUGAGACCACUGUCACACAAAGCCCAGUGUGUCCCCAUGGCCUGGCGGAUGUGGUGUUCCUACUGCAUGCCACUCGAGACAAUGCUCAUCGGGCAGAGGCUACGAGGCGUGCCCUGGAGCGUCUGGUGUCUGCACUUGGGCCUCUUGGGCUACAGGCGGUCCAGGUUGGCCUGCUGUCCUACAGUCACCGGCCCUCCCCACUGUUCCCACUGAAUAGCUCCUAUAACCUUGGCAUCAUCUUGCAAAAGAUCCGUGACAUCCCCUACAUGGACCCAAGUGGGAACAACCUGGGCACAGCCGUGGUCACAGCUCACAGAUACUUGUUGGCACCAGAUGCUCCUGGGCGCCGCCAACAUGUGCCAGGGGUGAUGGUUCUGCUAGUGGAUGAGCCCUUGAGAGGUGACAUAUUCAGCCCCAUCCGUGAGGCCCAGGCUGCUGGGCUCAAAGUGAUGAUCUUGGGCAUGGUGGGAGCUGACCCAGAGCAGCUGCGUCGCUUGGUGCCAGGCAUGGAUCCUGUCCAGACCUUCUUUGCUGUGGAUGAUGGUCCCAGCCUGGACCGGGCAGUCAGUGACCUGGCAGGAGCCCUGUGUCAGGCAUCCUUGGCUACUCAGCCACGGCCAGAGCCUUGCUCAGUGCAUUGUCCAAAGGGCCAGAAGGGGGAACCUGGAGAGAUGGGCCUGAAAGGACAAGCUGGACCUCCUGGCGCCCCCGGCCUCCCGGGCAGGACUGGUGCUCCUGGCCCCCAGGGGUCCCCUGGAAGUCCCCUUACAAAGGGCGAGAGGGGAUCCCCUGGAGCUGAUGGGCUUCCAGGCAGCCCUGGCCGCCCCGGGACUCCUGGGACCCCUGGCCCGAAGGGCUCCCCAGGGUGGCCUGGCCCUCGUGGGGAAGCGGGGGAGCGAGGACCUCGAGGCCCAAAGGGGGAGCCGGGGGCUCCUGGACGAGUCAUUGGAGGCGAGGGACCUGGGCUUCCUGGGCAGAAAGGAGACCCUGGACCUUCGGGCCCCGCUGGACCUCGUGGCCCAGUGGGGGACCCAGGACCCCGUGGUACCCCAGGGCUUCCUGGAACAGCUGUGAAGGGUGACAAAGGCGAUCGUGGGGAACGGGGUCCACCUGGACCAGGUGUUGGUGGCACUGCUCCUGGGGAGCCCGGGCUGCCGGGUCUUCCUGGGAGCCCUGGACCCCGAGGCCCAGUUGGCCCCACUGGAGAGAAAGGAGAAAAGGGUGACUGUGAGGAUGGAGCCCCAGGCCUCCCGGGACAACCUGGGACCCCGGGUGAGCCGGGCCUACGGGGACCUCUUGGAAUCACUGGCCCCAAAGGUGACCGGGGGCUCACAGGGGCCCCAGGUGAGAUUGGAGAGAAGGGCGAACGUGGACCUGCUGGCCCAGUGGGACCCCAGGGGCUUCCUGGGGUUGCUGGACGUCCUGGAGUUGAGGGUCCUGAAGGGCCACCGGGACCCGCUGGCCGCCGAGGAGAGAAGGGGGAGCCUGGUCGCCCUGGGGACCCAGCAGUGGUGGGACCUACUGGUGCUGGAGCCAAAGGAGACAAGGGAGAUGUGGGGCCCACUGGGCCCAGAGGAACUCCUGGAGUCAAAGGGGAACAGGGCCCACCUGGAUUGGUUCUUCCUGGAGACCCUGGCCCCAAGGGAGACCCUGGAGACAGGGGUCCCAUUGGCCUCACUGGCAGAGCAGGAUCCCCGGGUGACUCAGGGCCUCCUGGAGAGAAGGGAGACCCUGGGCGGCCUGGCACCCCAGGACCCAUUGGCCCCCGAGGACGAGAUGGCGAAGUUGGAGAGAAAGGUGAUGAGGGUCCUCCGGGUGACCCAGGUUUGCCUGGAAAAGCAGGCGAGCGUGGCCUUCGGGGUGCACCUGGAGCUCGGGGGCCUGUAGGUGAGAAGGGAGACCAGGGAGACCCUGGAGAGGAUGGACGAAACGGCAGCCCUGGACCCUCUGGACCCAAGGGCGACCGUGGGGAGCCGGGCCCCCCAGGAUCCCCUGGACGGCUGGUGGACACGGGACUUGGAGCCAGAGAGAAGGGAGAGCCUGGGGACCGCGGACAGGAGGGUCCUCGAGGACCCAAGGGUGACCCUGGCCCCCCUGGAGCCUCUGGGGAGAGGGGCGUUGACGGGCUUCGGGGGCCCCCAGGCCCGCAGGGGGACCCAGGUGUCCGAGGCCCAGCUGGAGAAAAGGGUGACCGGGGCCCCCCGGGGCUAGAUGGCCGGAGUGGGCUGGAUGGAAAACCAGGCCCCGCUGGCCCUCCUGGGCUGAAUGGUGCAGGAGGCAAAGCUGGGGACCCAGGGAGAGAUGGGCUUCCAGGCCUCCGAGGAGAACAUGGGCCCCCUGGUCCCCCUGGCACCCCUGGAUCACCGGGAAAGCCAGGCGAGGAUGGCAAACCUGGCCCAAAUGGGAAAAAUGGAGAACCUGGGGACCCUGGAGAAGACGGGAGGAAGGGAGAGAAGGGAGAUUCAGGCGCCCCUGGGAGAGAAGGUUUUCCUGGUGUCCCAGGAAGUGUGGGUCCCAAGGGCGACCGUGGGGAGACUGGAUCCAAAGGGGAACAGGGCCGCCCUGGAGAGCGAGGCCUACGAGGAGAGCCUGGGAGCAUGGCGAAUGUGGAGCGGUUGCUGGAAACUAUUGGCAUCAAGGCAUCUGCCCUGCGGGAGAUAGUGGAGACCUGGGAUGAGAGCUCUGGUAGCUUCCUGCCUAUGCCUGACCGGCGUCCUGGACUCAAGGGGGAACAGGGCGAGCGGGGCCCCCCAGGCAAGGAGGGCCCCAUCGGCUUUCCUGGAGAACGCGGGCUGAAGGGAGAGCGUGGAGACCCUGGACCUCAGGGGCCGCCUGGCCUGGCGCUUGGGGAGAGGGGCUCACCUGGACCUCCCGGCCUUGCCGGGGAGCCUGGAAAGCCUGGUAUUCCUGGGCUCCCAGGCCGGGCUGGAGGUACAGGGGAGGCAGGAAGGCCAGGAGAGAGGGGAGAACGGGGAGAGAAAGGAGAGCGUGGAGAGCAGGGCAGAGAUGGCCCUCCUGGCCUCCCUGGACCCCCUGGCCCCAAGGUGGCUAUGGAUGAAAUAGGUCCCAGACUCCUUGGAGAACAGGGACCCCCUGGACUCAAGGGUGCUAAGGGGGAGCCAGGUGGUGCUGGUGACCCAGGUCCAAAAGGAGACAGGGGCAUGCCAGGCAUCAAAGGAGAGAGCGGAGAGCCUGGACAGAGGGGUGUCAAUGGCAGUCCGGGUCUACCAGGAGAGCGUGGCGUGGCUGGGCCUGAAGGGAAGCCGGGUCUGCAGGGUCCGAGGGGGACCCCUGGCCCAGCGGGAGGCCAUGGAGACCCUGGACCGUCUGGUGCCCCAGGUCUUGCUGGCCCUCCAGGACCCCAGGGACCCUCUGGCCUGAAGGGGGAGCCUGGAGAGACAGGACCCCCAGGACGCGGCCUGCCUGGACCUACUGGGGCUGUGGGACUUCCUGGGCCCCCGGGCCCUUCAGGCCUUGUGGGUCCGCAGGGGUCACCAGGUUUGCCUGGACAAGUGGGGGAGACAGGGAAGCCAGGAGCCCCAGGUCGCGAUGGUACCAAUGGAAAAGAUGGAGAUAGAGGAAACCCUGGUGUGCCAGGGUCACCAGGUCUGCCCGGCCCUGUCGGACCUAAAGGAGAACCUGGACCCAUGGGGCCCCCUGGACAGGUGGUGGUCGGGCCCCCUGGAGCAAAGGGAGAGAAGGGAGCCCCUGGAGGCCUUGCUGGAGACCUGCUGGGUGAGCCGGGAGCCAAAGGUGAUCGAGGACUGCCAGGGCCACGGGGCGAGAAGGGGGAAGCUGGCCGUGCAGGGGAGCCUGGAGACCCUGGGGAAGAUGGUCAGAAAGGGGCUCCAGGACUCAAAGGUCAAAAGGGUGACCCAGGAAUCGGGGUCCAGGGCCCACUUGGGCCAAUUGGUCCUCCAGGUAUGAAGGGAGAUCUGGGCCCCCCUGGGCCCCCUGGUGCUCCUGGUGUUGUCGGAUUCCCUGGUCAGACAGGCCCUCGAGGAGAGACGGGUCAGCCAGGCCCUAGCGGAGAGCGGGGUCUGGCAGGUCUCCCAGGGAGAGAAGGAGCCCCAGGCCCUUUGGGGCCACCUGGAUCACCAGGGUCAGUGGGAGCACCGGGGGCCUCUGGACCCAAAGGGGACAAGGGAGACCCUGGAGCAGGGCUGCUGGGGCCCCGAGGCGAGCGUGGGGAGCCAGGUGUCCGGGGUGAAGAUGGCCGCCCUGGCCAGGAGGGACCCCGAGGACUCAUGGGGCUCCCUGGCAGCCGUGGGGAGCGUGGGGAGAAGGGUGAUGCUGGAACCGCAGGGCUAAAGGGUGACAAGGGUGACUCAGCCAUGACUGUGGGGCCUCCGGGGCCACGGGGUGCCAAGGGGGACAUGGGUGAACGAGGGCCUCGGGGCAUAGAUGGUGACAAAGGACCUCGGGGAGACAUUGGGGUGCCUGGAGACAAGGGCACCAAGGGAGAACCUGGUGACAAGGGCUCGGCCGGGUUGCUGGGAGCACGUGGACUCACAGGACCCAAGGGAGAGCCUGGUGCAGCAGGGAUCCCUGGUGACCCGGGAUCCCCAGGAAGGGACGGAGCCCCUGGUGUCCGAGGAGACAAAGGAGAUGUUGGCUUCAUGGGUCCCCGGGGCCUCAAGGGUGAACGGGGGGUGAAGGGAGCCUGUGGCCUCGAUGGAGAGAAGGGAGACAAGGGAGAAGCUGGUCCCCCGGGCCGCCCGGGGCUAGCAGGACGCAAAGGAGAGUUGGGUGAGCCUGGUGUGCCAGGCCAGUCAGGGGCCCCUGGCAAGGAGGGUCUGAUCGGUCCCAAGGGUGACCGAGGCUUUGAUGGGCAGCCAGGACCCAAGGGUGACCAGGGCGAGAAAGGGGAGCGGGGGUCCCCAGGAAUUGGGGGCUUCCCAGGUCCCAGGGGCAAUGAUGGCUCUAGUGGUCCCCCUGGGCCCCCUGGCAGUGUUGGUCCCAAAGGCCCUGAAGGACUUCAGGGCCAGAAGGGUGAACGAGGUCCCCCUGGAGAGAGUGUGGUGGGGGCCCCUGGGGCCCCUGGGGCCCCCGGUGAGAGAGGGGAGCAGGGGCGGCCAGGGCCCGCCGGUCCGCGUGGGGAGAAGGGAGAAGCUGCCCUGACAGAAGAUGACAUUCGGGGCUUUGUGCGUCAGGAGAUGAGUCAGCAUUGUGCCUGCCAAGGCCAAUUUAUCGCAUCUGGAUCACGACCCCUCCCUAGUUAUGCUGCAGACACUUCAGGCCCCCAGAUCCACCCCGUACCUGUGCUCCGGGUCUCUCAUGCAGAGGAGGAAGACCAGGUGCCCCCUGAGGACGAUGAGUUCUCUGAGUACUCUGAGUAUUCUGUGGAGGAAUAUGAGGACCUUGAGGCUCCUUGGGACAGCGUUGACCCCUGCUCCCUACCACUGGAUGAGGGCUCCUGUACUGCUUAUACCCUGCGCUGGUACCAUCGGGGCGUGCUGGGUGGCACGGAGGCCUGUCACCCCUUUGUCUAUGGCGGCUGUGGAGGGAAUGCCAACCGCUUCGGGACCCGUGAGGCCUGUGAGCGCCGCUGCCGGCCCCAGGUGACCCAGAGUCAGGGAACAGCCUGA